AUAAUGUGAUAAUACAAUACUUUGUAUCAUGGUUUUGAAAAGCGCACACUCGAAAUGCUCGGGAGAUCCAGUUCCCCUCAGCACGUACUAAGUUACGGUCCUGUCUAGUAUUGGACAGACUGGCGAGGACGAAAGUCGUGAAGCAAGUUUCCUGGGCGGCCCCCUUCCCCGCAGCUGGAUUGAAAACAUCUGGAUCCGCCUACGCGAAGCCUCGGGCGCAGCCAUCGAGCAGCAGAGCGGCACUGCGGACUGCGUCUUUCCCACGAGCCGUGCAAGCGAGCGAGGAACCGCGGCUCCUCUUCGUCUGCUGCUCCUCCCGCUCGCUCCUGCUUCUCGUCACCGAUGGCUUCGUCGCUCUUUUGGGCCGUGACCUCCGUCCUCCUCGCGGCGUUCUGUGCCCAGGCCCCGGCCUUCACAAACAUUCAGACGAACGUGUGCAAGUGGUGUGAUUACUCCAGCCCUAUUUGUGAGGGCAACGUGUGCUACAGCAACUGCUCCCUCAACUCCUUUUGCCUCCUCUCUGAAGAAAUCUGUGUGGCCAUAUGGAAACAGAACAAUGGGAGCGUCAGCGUGCGGACGCUCUGCCACCAUCCGCAGGAUGCCGUAGAUAACAUCAUGAUCUCCAACUACUCCUCCACCGAGUGUGUGAUGGUGCCCCAGCCAACGGAGGAGGGGGCACUGUUCAUCUGUGGCUGUGUGAAUGCACACGAAUGCAAUGACAAGCUCAUAUUUGAGAAGGGCUCUAACGGUCUCUUGAAGCUCCAGAGCAAGGAUGUAUUACCUGUUGUGGUCAUCAGCCUGCUCCCUCCCUUUCUGGUGGCCGUCAUUGCAACCAUGGCCUUCUACCUUUACCGCACUCGGCAGUCAGAAAAGCAGCCCAAACACCGGGGCCCCAAACGCACCCAGUACCAGUCCCUAGACAUGCCUGAAGGUCAUGCUAGAGGAGGGUCACCCAAUGACUACCGUGGUAAGCCAGUGGCCGUGAACAGAGAAGCCCUUGCUGAUUCAUCCACUACCUGCGGCAACAGCCUGAACCACAACAUGGAGCAACUGCCUAUCCAGCUGGAGGAGGUGGUGGGUAAGGGACGCUUUGCUGAAGUCUGGCGGGCCCGACUCAUUCACAGUAGCACAGGGCAGUAUGAGACAGUGGCAGUGAAGAUCUUCCCAGCAGUGGAGUACAACUCGUGGCAGAGUGAGCGGACGGUCUUUUCUGAUGCCAGCCUGAGGCAUGAGAAUGUAGUCCAAUUUGUGAGCGCAGAGGAGCGAAUGGGGAGGACUGGCUCCCCCCAAAGGGAAUACUGGCUCAUCAUGGCUUACCACGGGAUGGGUAAUCUACAAGACUUCUUGGCACAUCAUGUACUGAGCUGGGCAGAGCUACACGCUAUGGCUGGUUCUGUGGCUCGGGGAUUAGCCCAUUUGCACAGUGAUUUUUCACCUUCUGGGGCACCCAAAGUACCAGUGGCCCACCGGGAUCUGAAGAGCAGCAACAUCGUGGUGAAGAACCUGCGCGAAUGUGCUCUCUGUGACUUUGGCUUGGCGCUCAGGCUUGAUCUUUCUCUCACCGUGGACGACUUUGCUAACAGUGGGCAGGUAGGGACAGCUCGCUACAUGGCACCAGAGGUUCUGGAGUCACGGGUCAAUCUAGAGGACCCGGAGGCCUUCAAACAAAUGGAUGUCUACUCUUUGGCUUUGGUGCUGUGGGAAAUGGUCUCUCGUUGUGAUGCAAUCGGGGAGGUAAAGAGCUAUGAGCCACCAUUUAGGUCAAAGGUGUGUGACCAGCCAUGUGUGGAGAGCAUGAGGGACCUGGUGCUGAGGGACCGGGGCCGACCAGACAUCCCCACCAGCUGGACUGCACACCAGGGAGUGAAGGUCUUGUGUUGUACCAUCACUGAGUGCUGGGAUCAUGAUCCUGAGGCCCGUCUGACAGCCCAAUGUGUGGUGGAACGAUUCAAUGCCUUUGGUGAGGAGGAGGACAGUCAAGACCUCUUUAAUAACAACCAACAGCAGCUCACUACCAUGUGCGUAGAGACUCAGGCCCAUGCCUCCCCAUCUACCUCCUCCAACAAAGACACUGCUACACCGGUGGAGGAAGUGUGAGAGGCCUUACCUGUGCAGCGUAUGAGACAAACUGAAAUGUACACCUUUAUAGGAGCUGGACUUCAUUCGUUUUGUUUUGCGUCACAUUUGACUCUCUGACUGCUGAGUAUGUACAAGCUCUUUCUGCCAUACAGAGAGGUCAGAAAUUGUCAGAGAUUACUUGAAACAAUCAAGAAAAUGAAGCCACAUCUCAAGAUGUUCAGUUGUCAUAAUUUGCCUUUUCCCUUCAUUUAAAUGUUCUACUCUCUGCAGUCCUUGGCACACUUCCCAUGAAGCUGGAAGUGUUUUGCCGGGAGGAUAAAUGUAAACAUUGCCAUAAUUUUGCUUCUUUGAGCAGUGCGGUAUUUACAGUGAUUGACUCUGCAGAAAGAAUAUAGGAAAUUGUUAAUCAGUUUGACCAAAUGUCUUUGAGAUCACAAGUCAAACAAAAUGACAAACAAGCGAAGAUGUCAAAGAUGACAAACGUUGCUCCUUACAUAAUGUAAAUUUGUAUUCCACUUGAGCCUUAUUUUUGUAAAGUUUUGCAGACAGUAUUUUCUUUUCUUCGUUGUAGUAUUUGCCUGGGAUUAGAACCCGGUGAAGCUACAACCCUGAGAUCUUUGGAAGCCAAAACUGCCUGCAAAAUAAAACCACUUUACAUACAUGUAAAGCAGAGUUGUAGUGCUUUCUGUUUUUGUGCAAACAAAACCUUGCACUGAUUGUUUUUUAUUUUAGCAGGUUAUGUAAAGGACUGUACAGAACCAGCUCAGAUUUCCAGGAUGAAA